AUGCUCACCAAGGCGCAGGUGGAGGAACAUCACACAAAAGACUCUUGCUGGGUCAUCAUCUCAGGAAAUGUGUACGAUCUGACCGACUUUCUGGAUCAUCACCCUGGCGGCUCAGCCAUCAUCCUUCGAUAUGCAGGCCAGGAUGCCACCUCGGCGUAUGAGCCCUUACAUCCUCCUGGGACUCUGGAAAGAUAUUUGAGCAAGGAGAACUACAAAGGACCAGUGCUUGUCGACCAGGCCGGUGUAAAAGCGUCGAGGAGGAAAUACAAAGAAGGGGACCCAAUCCCGUUGAUGCUAUGCAUGAAUCUUGACGACUUUGAAAAGGCAGCUCGUAUAUCGAUCCGAGAGCGAGCCUUUGUCUAUUUCCAUUCGGCGGCGGAAGAUAAAGUGACGUUCUACCGGAAUCGACAGGAUUGGUCAAGAAUCUCCCUUCGUCCACGGACGCUUAACGAUGUGGCCAAGGUAGACCCAAGUCGGCGUAUCAUGGGGUUCCAGAGUUCCCUGCCGUUUUUCAUCGCACCAGCUGCAAUGGCGCGUCUAGCUCAUCCUGACGGAGAGUUUUGCCUUGUCCGCGCCGCAAUCAAAUACGGAAUCCCAUACUGCGUGAGCACCUAUUCCUCUGUUCCGCACGAAGAGCUCGCAAGCCAUGUACAGCCAAACAAACCUACAGCGCUGUUCUUCCAGCUUUAUGUCGCAAAGGAGAGAUCACGGACCGAGGUGCUGAUUCGGAACGCGAAGAGAUUCGGGUUUAAAGGACUGCUCGUUACGGUCGACACAGCCGUAGGAGGGAAAAGGGAAGAGGAUGAGCUGUUCCAGGCACAAAUAGCAUAUGAGGCCGGCGACGACGACGUUCCUCGUCCAUUCUACGCAAGCCCGGGAGAAGAGGCACCCGUUCUACGCGGCGCUCACUCGUCGACGCUCAACUGGCGCGAUCUCGAAUGGAUCCGUCGAGAGUGGGGAGACGCCGGCCCGAUUUACCUCAAGGGCAUCCAAUGUGCCGAAGACGCAGAAGCGGCGCUACGUGCGAACGUGCACGGUAUCUAUCUCAGCAACCACGGAGGACGGCAACUUGACUCUGGAUCUAGCGCCCUCCGGACGCUGUUGGAGAUCAGGACAUUCUGCCCGCACGUCCUGGAAAGGCUGGAGAUUUAUCUUGACGGUGGCGUUCGUCGGGGGAGCGACGUGAUCAAGGCUUUGUGUCUAGGUGCCACUGGCGUUGGACUGGGUAGGCCAUUCAUGUAUGCUCUUGGGGCAUAUGGUACGGAUGGUGUCAUGAAAGCCGUCCAAAAAUGUAUUGUGAGCUACGAUGACAACCGCAAGAUCAACGCCUCCAAGAAACAUGUGCGUCAGCUCGAGGAGCGGCUUGAGUCCCUCGAGUCCCAGAUCAGAAGUUUUCAGCAACCCGAGGAGAGAAGUAUACCGUCUCAUGAGAAUCCGAGGGUUUCACCUGGUCAAGGCGAGACCACAGAUCCCCGACAGCUGCAUGGGGCACUUUCUACGCAGGUCGAUCGCAAUGUGCUGGGUGCGAUGGAGAUUGACGGCUUGGACAGUCAUGACCUGGUCGACGCUGUGCCUGAUACGAUGGUGGUCCACCCUUGUGAUCCUUCUCAAACGCCAGAGACGCACAAAAUCCCCAGCAUUAACGGAGUGCCCGAGUCCUCGUCUGCCCGUGAUAGAGAAGACCCCAGUAUGUGCGAUCUCGGCCUCAACUACUGGCAUCAUGACGUAUUCGAAAGGCCCUCGACGUUGAUCGGACAAUUCCCUCUUCCUCCUGGCCCUGGGGAUGAACAGCUCUCGACCACCAUCAAUACCCUCGACGGCCGGUUCCCUGGUCACUGGCUACACACCGCGCCCAUGGAACCCUACACGAACCAAGGGAGCCCCGUCAAUGACACUGGCGAGUUCCGCGCAAAAUACCUGGAAAAAUGGUGGAAGUUCCAGGACAUGUCGAUCUACCUGGUCGAUCCCAAGCUCUUUAUGGCCGGGUACGAGAGAGGAGUUCGGUCCCAGCACUUUUCUCAGUUCGCCCUUGACGCCCUCAUAGCUUGUGCACUACGCCUCGACAAAGACGAGUCGGUCCGGAAACUGGGUCGCUCGUACGCGGAGCGGGCCAAAAAGCAGCUUAUCAAAGAACUGGAAAGUCCCAUCAUGUCCACCAUCCACGGCUUCUGUCUCCUUAGUGACUACGAGUGUACAAAUGGGAGCGAGAAUUUGGGGUGGAUCUAUGUUGGUAUUGCAUGCCGUCUCAUAGUGGACUUGGGUCUGCACCAAGACUGCACGGAACUGGUCGACUCGGGCAUCAUCACCAAGGACGACGCCAUUGCACGGCAACGCAUGACGUAUGGCACUUUUGUAUACGAACAAGUCUGGAGUGUGUUUCUGGGUCGGCCCUCGUCCUUGAAGGCCUCGAAUAUCCUCAUGGCGUGGAUGUCGUGCGGUUACUCCGAGUACCAAGAGCAUUUACUGAAUGCGUGGGUCGACCUGUCUAGCCUGGUGAGAAAGAUGGUCAACGCGUGUAAUCGGAUCAAAAUGGACCACGAAAAGGCGCUGAGAAAGUGCAAACAGCUCGACGAGGCCAUCACGAGAUGGGAGACCUCCUUGCCUCCUGACCUGCGAUGGACCGAAAAGGACCCGACCUGCUGGCCGCCCUCUCUGUGUGUCCUGUACAUGCAAUUCUGCAACAUACAGAUCCUCCUCCACAGGACCGUCAGCUCUUGCCAACACUUGUACGCGUCUUCUUCUGUCGUGGCCGGCCGGAAUUCUGGGGAGUGGCCACACAGCCGAGAGCAGUCGCAGCGGAUCAUGCACGAGAACGCCGUGAAUAUUGCGCAGACGCUGGAAAUCCGCCGUCUCGCCUUUGAAGACUGGGGGUUCGCGACGCUCAUGCUGGACAUCAUCUUCACCACGGCGAGCACGCUGAUCACGAGCAUGGCGUCCGACGACAACAACGCCAGCGGGCUGAGAGACCACAAGUGGUUGAUUUGCAUCCUCGAAGUCUGCGAGUGCUUGCAGGUGCACUACCCGGUCGUCAAGCGCAUGAUCACGGUGCUCAACUCGCUGUUGGAGAGCACGGGGCUCGACAAAUUCAUCUGGCGUGGUCCGGCGGCCAAGAACGGCGGCGCCGGCGGUGGCAGUGGCCAGAAUGAAACCGCCACGCCGAGAGCAAAGGACAAGAGAACACUGAGCCAUUCGAGCGGGAGAGCCGCGCCGUUUAACCCAACCCGCUGGUGCGAGCCGGUGAUAUCAUCCUCGCCGGACCGCACCCUUGUGGCCGGCUCGGAUGUCUCAGUGGCACCAGCACCAGCGAGUCAGCAGCCGUCUUCCAUGGCUGACGUCCAACACGGACCGGGAAUGAGCAACAACACAGCUUGUAACCCGUGGUUCCAGACCGAUCACGGUGGAGAGCCCUGUACGUUUGGAUUCCUCGAGGUCGUCUCACCCCUGAACUGGGGGAUGACCACUACUGAAGCCGUCCUUCUUUAG